GGGCGGCUCUCGCCCCCUCCAUAAAGCGGCCGCCGGUGCCGAGAUCGGUCCCGGUCCCGGCCAUGCACCCCGCGCCUCGCCGCGGCGGCUCGCUGGAGACGACGCCCGGCCCGCGGGAGGCCCCCGGCCAGUUAAAUAAGUCAAAUUACAUGAUGAUUGAAAAUAAUAAAGAGAAUGAACACCAUGCAUCUGAAAGAGGAAGAACAGCCAUCAUUUUUUCCUUGAAGAAUGAAGUUGGAGGACUUGUAAAAGCAUUAAAACUCUUUCAGGAGAAGCAUGUAAAUCUGGUACACAUUGAGUCACGGAAGUCCAGGAGACGAAAUUCUGAGUUUGAGAUCUUUGUGGACUGUGACAGUAACAGGGAACAACUGAAUGAGAUAUUUCAGGUCCUGAAAUCCCACGUCAAUGUUGUCUUUAUGAGCCUGACAGAGCAUUUCAAUGUCCAAGAAGAUGACAUGGAGAAUGUUCCCUGGUUUCCAAAGAAGAUCUCAGAUUUGGAUAAGUGUGCAAACCGAGUGCUGAUGUACGGGUCCGAUUUGGAUGCUGACCAUCCAGGUUUCAAAGACAAUGUCUAUCGCAAGAGGCGAAAGUAUUUUGCAGACCUGGCUAUGAACUACAAACAUGGUGACCCAAUUCCCAAGAUUGAAUUCACAGAGGAGGAGAUCAAGACUUGGGGGACUGUGUACCGAGAGCUUAACAAGCUUUACCCAACUCAUGCCUGCAGAGAGUACCUUAAAAACUUACCCUUGCUUACCAAAUACUGUGGGUACAGGGAGGACAAUAUCCCUCAGCUGGAAGAUGUGUCCCGCUUCCUGAAAGAGCGCACGGGUUUCACCAUUCGCCCUGUUGCUGGAUAUCUGUCACCCAGAGACUUCUUGGCAGGAUUAGCAUUCAGAGUUUUUCACUGCACUCAAUAUGUUAGACACAGCUCGGACCCUCUCUAUACACCAGAGCCUGAUACCUGCCACGAGCUCCUAGGCCAUGUCCCGCUUUUGGCUGAACCCAGUUUUGCUCAGUUCUCUCAGGAAAUUGGUCUUGCAUCACUUGGGGCAUCAGAUGAGGCUGUCCAAAAACUGGCAACAUGCUACUUCUUCACUGUAGAGUUUGGCUUGUGCAAGCAAGAGGGACAGCUACGAGUUUAUGGGGCUGGCUUGCUCUCUUCAAUUAGUGAGCUCAAGCACUCACUCUCUGGCAGUGCCAAAGUCAAGCCUUUUGAUCCAAAGGUCACCUGCAAGCAAGAAUGCCUCAUUACAACUUUCCAGGAGGUUUACUUUGUUUCUGAAAGUUUUGAAGAAGCAAAGGAAAAGAUGAGAGAGUUUGCAAAAACCAUCAAGCGCCCGUUUGGUGUGAAGUACAAUCCAUAUACUCAAAGCGUGCAGAUCCUGAAAGACACAAAGAGCAUUGCCAGUGUGGUGAAUGAGCUACGUCAUGAGCUGGACAUUGUCAGCGAUGCCCUCAGCAAGAUGGGGAAGCAGCUGGAAGUCUAACACCCCUGUCAGCAGUGUGGUGCACUUGGCCAGUCUUUUCUUUUCCCUACUGAUUUCUUUCUAGGCAUGUAAUGUGUUGUAUGCAGAACUCUCUCCUUUACAAAUGGAAGAGUGAAUGGCUCAUAAGGAUAAUAACUUUAUCUUGUUUCUCUGUGUGAAGUCCCCUGCAGAAUGUAUUCCUCCAUCCCCCUUGGAUAAAAAAGGCCUGGAGUUGCCUUUGAGAAGCUGGUGGGGCAGUAGAGAAAUUGCUAGACUGUGGAUCACGGCUGGGAUCAGAUGCUGCAGAAGGUGGCUUAUGAGGCAAUAAUGGAAUAAUUCACCACAGGGAAAUGUCUGUUUCUGACUCUAGUAGUCUAUGCUACUGAUUUUAUAGCAUUGCACACUUCAUAGCAUAGAAGCUAUAGUAAUCAGUGCUUCUAAGUCUGUGCUACCAAGUUUAAAAAUUGAAUGAUUACAACACAGGCAUCAGGACACAAAUAGCUGGAGGUUCACCAUGAUGAAAUUGAGGGGUCAAAUCUUGCUUUCAAAGGGAUCAUUCUUGCCCCCAAAGAUUGCAAAUGUGCUCUUUGGCGUGCUUCUAGUAUAAUGCAGAGAUACAGGGCUGUUGCAUGAAAUCCUAAUUCUGUUUAUUUUAAGAGAUUUGCUGUCAGAUCAGAGGCAGGGUUUUUGUUGCUGUCCUUGAUAUUGCACCUGAGGGAAGACCUUUCCUUACAGAAAUACCAUUUGCCUUUUUCCUGAUUGAAUUAAUUUAGCAAAAAAUAUAGCAAGCCAUCAGGUACUGACUUAGCACAAAGCCUAAACCAUUUCCAAAUUACAAUUUAAUAUUCAAAAGAGCUUCAUCAGUUCUAAAAUAACACCAAAGUUUAAAAUAACAGCCAAAGUUUGUAGUCUAGUCCACUUUUUGUAAGAAUAAGUAUUCUAUUGAUUGCUCAGUCCCUUUACUGACCUGCAUAAGCUGCACAAAGAUACAUUUUGUUUCUUCUUUUCUAGGCCUGAACACCUUCAUUCCGUAUCAAGCAAAUUAUAAUUGAAAGGCCCAAGCAUUUCAUAGGGAUUCUGUGGCUAUGAAUGCAACAAACUACCCUGUAGUGCAAAGUAUAUCUAAUUCCAAGGAGCACUUUACAAGUGUUUGGAAGCAGUGUCCUGCUGAAUUGUCUGUAUUGCAUAGUAGCAAACUUCACCGUUUCCAGGGCUCCAUAGUUUCAAGCAUCCUGCAUAGCUGUACAAAGCUGUGCUGGCUGCUUUUUCUGCCAACCCUGCUAAUGAAAUGAAUAUGUGUACAGGAUAUGAUACGUUUGAAUGGAAGAUCUGUGAUGUGCAGAGUGUAUUUAAUAGCACCCUAGGCACUGAUUCUUCAUAGGCAGAGCUUGUUAGGAAAUUCAGAAUUUGCAGCUGUGAAGGUUGCUGGAAAAAUGGUCUGAAAUCUUAAAUACACUGGAGAUGCUAGUCCAGGAUUUUGAGAACUUGAAAGGACUUCCAUGAACCUCUCUGCUUGAAAAUCAGUUUGAAUUUCAUAUACUUUAUAGCAGGCCACAUCUGCUCCAUAAGCAAUCACUGGCCCAAUCUUUCCAAGUAUGUUCGCUGUUUAAAUCAAGCCUAGAUAAUUUUUUCUGUGACUAUAACCCACUAUAACUUUUUUUCCUUAAAGAACAUUUAAGACCUAGAAAUAUGUUCUACAACAUUUAUGGCUUACAUUACACUUUAUAAUAGAUUUUUAGGAGCUUGGUCUUUCUAAAGAAGAAACCUUCUUAUGAGUGAGUAGUAACGGAGGAUCUAUUUUGUAGUCUUCUGUGUUAACAGUUAAUAUUCAGCUGCAUUUUUAAAAAUGUUGGUGUUAUGUUGUUGAAAUAUAGAUAGAUGUGUUACUUCAACUCUUUCUUUGAACUAUGUAUACAUUUCAAGUAGGAAACUUUAUACUUGAUAAAUCAGCACCUAAUUUUGAAUAUUUUGGAAAAACAGCAAUUGUAUUUUUAUUUGCACUUGUGUAGCAAAAAAUUAAGUAAACUGCUAAAAGUAAUACAGAGCAGAUGCAUUUCCACGGCGUUAGCAACACGUAUGUUUGGCUUCACACAUCCAAACCUUCUGGCUAUGUAGAACAGUAAUAAUUUAAAUAUUUUAAACUAUCGUGGAGGCUUUAAAUGUCAAUGAAAUAAAUGACUUGUUGGUAAUUAUUAGAAGCAAAAACCCCUUUACUUCAGCACUGUAGCAAUAAACACGAAGCACUCACUUCUGA